AUGUUUGACACAAGCAGCAGUUCUCUUUGGGGGAUGGCCAUUUUGAUCACUAAAAUAUUUUUCACACUGUUUGCACAAGAUUGUAACAGGAUAAAUACAACCUGCUGCUACAAUGAAUAUUUCGACACUAGCACUGGGAAAUGUUUAAUUUGCAGGCAUGGAAGUAUGGGAUUGAAUUGUAAAAUAUCCUGUAGACAAGGAUACUAUGGUUAUCUCUGUCGCUCGCCAUGUGAGUGUGAAGCUCACCUGUGUGACAAAGAGACUGGGUGUCAGCAACGACAAAAUAAGACAUCAAUCGACGUCAGAGAUAAUGCCUCGAAAAAUCACGACUGGAUAGCAGCUAGCCUCAGUAUCAUGGUGUUAAUUGUAGUUAGCGUUAUUUGUGCAAUAGUUUUGAACUUCCGUCGGAGUUUGUUUAGAUAUUUAAAACGUUCGGCGAAUCUCUGCCUAACUAAAGAGGCAACAAAAUCUCAAGAACUUACAAUUGUUCAACCACAGGAUUGCGUUCCGGUAGAAAUUGUUGACAACGAGAAUGAUUUAUCUUCAGAUUACGAUGACAUUCGUUACUCGCAAUGUAUUCGUAGUAGUAGAUUCAAUUGUGGUGACUCACCACUGUGUGGCAAUAAAAUGGUAGGAAAUCUUGUUGAAGCUAAACGUCCACAUUUAACGGGGUUCCAUAAUGCUGAUAACAAAGUUGAAGAUUACAGUCGCCUGUUAUUGAGGAAGAAUACGAAUACGUGCAUUUUAGUGAAAACAGCUAUAUCAGAGGGUGAAGGCUAUGCUUUCUUACAAAAGAAUUACGAAAAAGCAACUGCAGAAUCGUCCAUUCAAGGACGUCAGUCCCUGUCCAGAAUAUCAACCAUAAACGAAAAUGACUCCGUGGGAUAAAAAGUUAAACACAAUUUUCUUUGAAUAUUUCUAAAACAAAAAUUGAAAUGUUAACACGGUUAAA